AUGCCUGUUGCAACCAGCGGCACCCCAACGAGCACGACCACUUCCUUAUCUGCCUUAUCGACCACUGCUAUCAAGGAUGGCCAUCGUGGUGCCCUCCAUCACCGUGGUCACCAACACAGCCCCUCAGCGAACAGCCUCGAAGCCGAACGGGCCGAUCGGAUCAGUAGGCUCACAGGCUUGUCUAGUGUCUCGACACUUCGAGGUCCACCCCCAGGACUUGCGCAAUACAACGACAAUGCCUUCCAGACAACACCGACAUUAGCGGGGUUCAAUGCCAACGCCAUUUCCGCUGCCACCGCCGCGGGGCUUUCACCAGCCUACUUCAACGCGGCUGGACAGCCAGUCGCCGCCACAAAAGUGAGCACCGUCGGCUCAGCGAGCGCAACCGAAAGCGUCGGCGGGCGUACCAACACCACUACCGAGGUGGGCGACGACAACUCUACACUCGGGGAAGACCGUGAUGAGGACAUGUUGACCGAGAUGGACUCGGUCAGCGCAAGCGGCUACAUGGGAGGCGACAACGACGCCAUGGACGAGGACCUGGACAACCUGACGUCGCGCAGCGUGGGCGGGUACGAGGACCGCAUGUCCGACGACGGCAACGCCAGCCUAGUCGGCUUCGGCGAGGGCGCCGGCAGCACCCUCUCGGGACCCAUAUAUCAUCGCCGACCUCUUCCCUGGCAAAAUAGCGGCGCUUCUGGAACCGGGCCGGCCCCAAACUGGGGCCUGGAAAGGAGCAGCUCGGGUCUCAGCGAGACCGCCAUGGCAUCACCUAACCCUCACCAUACCGGCAGCGGCAGCGGCCGUCGAGACUUUGCAGUACGGGCCCCCACAGAGCGUGAUACAGGCAGCGAUACUCCCGUCAGCCAGUCAGCGGUGCGAGAAAGGCGGGAGGCCCGUAUGAUGGACGGUGUAACGCUCGACAACACCGACCCGCCGGUUUCUGCCGCGUCGUCAGGAACCGCGGGCGACGUUUUUGUCGACACGACAACGCGUGGCCCCUUGCCCGUACAGCCCACAACCCCGGCCACUACAGCUGCGCCGGCUACUGCCAACCCAGCGCAGGAGAGAAGACGGCGCCAUGGCGCGCCUCACCAUCCACAUGCCACCUCGCAAUUGCGCCACCUCGAACCCACCGCACCGACGUCACCCCGCGAAGCGGCAGAACGCAUCGUUCGGGAGAGACUCGACCAGGGCGAGGGUAGGAUUGGGAAACGCGGCCUUGGGGAGUCCUAG